AUGAGAGAUCGACUCCUCCUGGAAAAUCUAGAUGAAGGGAAGCCAGCAAUAUGGCACCGGAAUACAUUAUCGCUAAUUAACGAGAAUAAAUUUGAUAAUCUAAAAAAGAGCACUCCGACACAAAUCGUAUAUCCCAACUCCUCAUUUAAUAUCGGAUUACCUGUGGAUUCUAUUAAUCUUCAGGAAUCUUCCAAUACAAAUUACGAUGGUAAGCCUCUAUUCACCUUUUAUUCCCAUGGAAUACUAUUUACAUAUAUACGAAUUAAUUAUCACUUUAAACCAAUUCUAAUAAGUUUUUUAGACCCUUUAUAUGACGAAGACGGCAAUGAUAAGCCGUUAAUAGUAUAUGCUUCUAACAAACCGGCCAAUCCAACUGCUUCCAACGCGUAUGGACCUCUAUUCGUCUAUAGCUUACUAUCUAUGCUUAGAAGCCUUAUAUAUAUCUGCAUGCACGUAGAUCUAAUAAUUAUUGUAGUAUAUACGGGGUCCUAUUGUCUUCGGUACAGCUUUCGGUCCUCGUUUGCAACUAUCACUCGAUUUAUAAAAAUACACCUAAGGUUUUUAUGGUAUCUUCCGUCCAGUAAUCUCGUUUUUAAGCCAGUUACACGCCUAAAUACGCUUCAUUUUGCGAGUGGGGGGAGCCUGUAUAGCCUAGCUCCAUAUACACAAUAUUCAGAAUCUAUGUUUUAUAUCAUCGCAAAAAUGUUAUCAAAAAUUUUUAUUGUCGCCUAUUUUUACCUUUUCAGCGUUCUUUGCAAUUUUUCGCAAGUUCCAUCGCAGGUUUUACUGCCUAGGACCUCCGUUUACACAUCAAAGCGGACUAACCAACCAAUAACGGUAAACACCCAGUUUACGUUAAAAAUCGAGCCCACUUUAUGUGUAAUUUGGAAGAUCCAAGAUCCUCAAUUACUCGCCUUUGACAAAAACAACUUCACUCACCAAAAGUCAAGGCCCUCACAAGAAUCCGGGGAACUGGACCCAAACACCCCAAAUGAACUUAAAAAUUGCCUACCCUCAGCUAUUAUUAACACAGUUCCACUCAAUUUUAAAACCGACACUAACUUUAUCUUACAAUACACAUACAAUUCUGAAAAAAAUGAAAAAAAAAUAAAAAAUGAAAAAACCGAAAAAAAAAUAAAAAAUGAAAUCGAAAAAAAAUUAAAUACCGGCUCGGAAUCUGAAAUCGAAGCCCUGAAAUCAGUUUCUGACCUCAGAACGUUCGUUUUCGCAUACGACCCAAACUUCAGAUUCCACGGUGUAACCGAAGUGGUAAUCUCUAAACUCGAACACCUAACAGUUGAAACAGCGUAUCGCAAAAUCUCAAAAAACCAAACCUUCACCCUGAAACUAAGGGGAUUCGACAAGGUUGGAAACACAUUUACAUCACUAGAAGGCCUACCAUUUUAUUUGUACUUUUCGGGCGCCAGAAUCUUCGAUAUUUUGGACAACGAAGGAGAAUUACACUCUGAAAAAAGAGCGUCGGUACUAGCAAAGGCAAACGACCUCGACUUGCCAGAAAACACAACACUGGUUACCGAUGUUUUGAUGCUAAAAGGAGUCAAGGUCGGCAAAACUAACCUAAAAUUCGGACUCAUCCUGGACGAAUACGCCGACGUGGAAACACAACCGGUUGAGUUUGUGGUAAACGACUCAGUAGUACUAUCGCACGAACAGCUUUAUUUACUAGAUAACAGCUCGUUCCAGCUGACACUAAAGUACCCGUCGUCAGAAUACCUGUACCAGUACCCGAACGGGAAUAAUGAAAUAGAUUUACUAAACUACGAAUGGUCAACAGACGGAGAUAAAAGUAAAUUAACGUUAAACAAAGGUUUUAUAAAGGUACACUUACACUCAGAAUCCAAAGAAAAAACUUUAUCGGACCACGUUGGAUACAAAUGUGUAGUAUACUGUAAAGACAUAAGAACAGACCAAGUGUUGAAGACCUAUGUUAACGUUAUGAAGCCACACUCAGUGGUUAUAAAGCACAACUCAUUGAACAGUUUUAACAAUUGCCUGAUGAACAAGGAUUUAUUACAAUUGAAAGAUUUAAAAGCAAAAUUGACCGAUGGUCAGUAUGAAGAUUAUCUAAAUACGAUUUCAGAAUCAGAUAGUGAACUGUCUGAAUGUUAUCAGCAUAAACAGGAAGAAAGAGAUGUGAUUAACCUAUUUGAAGGAAAUCAUUAUUUGUUCAAGCUAAACCUGUUAACAUACAAUAAGAAUGUUUUCGAUGCCAUUGACGCCAACGCACUUUCAUUUAAUUCCACCUCGACAGGUGAAGAUAAUGAGUUACUGAAGUUGAUGAAGCAGAAAAAUAAUUAUUAUAUAUUCAAGGCUAAUAAAAUAGGAUGCCAAUACUAUAGUGUCUCAUAUGGAUUACCAAAUUCAGAAAACCCAGAAACGCUCUCAAAUAAGUAUCAAAUAUGCGUACUAGACCAAGUUAAGUUACAAGGCUUUGAAGCAAAUAAGACUAAACUUAAAGACGGCUAUCCAUGUUCUGAGAGACCAUUAGUGGUGUUGGUAGGAGACGAGUUUGAGCUUAACCCAAAAGGUGGCUCAGGAAGAUAUAGAUACGAAUUAGACAACUGCCACGUGGAAAAUAACAAGUUUCUCUGCAACAAAAAGGGCACAUACCAGUUGAAGAUUGUUGAUUCUAAUAAUGAGGAAAAUGGAGUUGUUCUACAAGUGAUAUCAACGACAAUUAAAUCUUCAAAGUUCCACCACGUAUCAAGUGGUGCAACGGUUUCAGAAUUCCAUAACCAAGUAAAUGUAAGACUUAACCAAUCAUUCUCACUGAGAUUAAGUCUGUUCGGUGAUUUACAAGGAUUUAAGCCUAUGUUUAAAGACAAAUUUGGCCCUGAAGAUUCAAUGCUCUAUUCGUUCAAUUAUCUGACUAAACCCAAUUACCUAAUACCGUUUAAUGAUAGAGAAAAGAAGUUGUCUGAAGAAGAUUUACCAGACAAUAUGCCAAGAAUGUUGAGUUAUGAUAAGAGCGUGCUGGAGUUUAAAGGAGUUGAGAAGGAGCUAGGAGGCCUGUUGCUCCUUAACUUCCACACGCUAGCCUGUAACACCACGAAAAUCCGACUUGACCUGGAGUUGAUAAAGUCGCUAAAAGAAACUCCAAAAGCAUUGGAUUUGGUGCAGGAGCAAGGAGGAGUAAAGUUCGAGGAGUUGGUGGUAAACGUGUAUAGAGACCCAACUCUAUACGUCAACGAAAAGUAUCAACUCCCAGUAAUUAACUUAACAACUGUGACUCCGCACUCACAAGAACAAGUACUGGCAAAUAUACCAGUUGGAGCCAUGCUCGAGUUAAAUUAUAAGUAUGGAGUGCCAAAUGCGAAGCCAAAAUUGUUAAGUGGUGAUGAAACGAAUAGUGUGUUACAUAUAGAAACAUUAACACCAAGUGAUAAGGACUCAGGGAAUGGAUUUAUGGUCUAUUGUUUGAAUGAAGGAACCGAUGAAGUGUCAUUUGAGCAAUUAGACUAUAAAAAGACCUAUAAAAUCACCUGUAGUAUGCCCAAGUAUAAUCGAAUUUAUCCGCUAAACAAGGUGACUAAUGAUUUGUAUGAGCUGGUCCAAACGAGUUAUGAACAGCAACAAAGUGGUUUAGAAAAGGACAAGGAAGUAGAAAGAAGAUAUACAGUUAACAAGAAUAAGGUUAAUAGGUACAUUAACCUGUUGUACGAUUCUAAUAAUAACAUACUGUUGCCGUCCAAAUUGUAUAGACCAUACUUCAACUUAUACACGCAAAAUAGUCAAGAAACAACUAAUUCCCAAUAUGAAGAAUUAUCCAAGUCACAAUACCAAGAUUUGUCCACUUCAAGCCCUGAAGAGUUGGGCAAGGAGGAAGGAAUGAUGGUGUUUAAGUUGAAUGAUUUCUAUAGAGGAAGCGAGAUGAAAUUGGUUGGAGUUUACAGGUAUGAAAAUUACCCUGAAAACUACUCUGAAACAUUCAAUAAAGUGCAUAAAUAUAAAAAGUUCAACCAGCAAUUGCUGAACACCUUGAAAAAUAAUCAGUGGGAUAAGAAGAAUAAAACGUACGUCUUCCAGGAUACAUUACAUUUAAAUACAGUGUCAAAUCCAUCAUUAAUACUAGUUGACUCAAAUAAGAGUGAACAACAAUAUAAUGAGCUGGAUGUGAUGUAUAACAAUAAAUUCGAAUACAGAUUAUACGUAUAUGGAGGAUCACAAAACUAUUCACUUACGACACAUACACCCAACGUCAAAUUCUCGUUCUCCAAAGUGUAUUCAUUUGAAACUGAAGAUUCUAGACGUAACUUAAACUUUGAAGAUACUUUGGGGGAUGAAUUGUUGCCAGUUUCAGUUAAAGAUACGCACAUGGUUGUUAACCUGUUUGACAAUGAUAAGUUGAGAGGCAGUGGAAGAUUCCUAACAUUCUCAUCAGAUGAACUGGAAGAUGUAGUGCUUGGAAUCAAAGAUGAUGAUAUGCUAUGGUGUGAUGCCCUAAAGAUAAACAUACAUCUGAGAAGACCAAACAACCUUAAAAUGUAUAUUAGCCCGGUUCUGCCAGUAGGAAGUAAUCAAAAGUAUCCGAAAUUGAAACUAAUGAAGGAACAAGAACAGCUGUUGUUUUUGGAUGAAAAGUAUAAACUGAGUCUAGAGUGUUAUUACAAUAAUAGAAAACUAUCACCUAAGACAACAAUGCUAUCAUUUCAGUUACUAGAUGAUAAUAUUUUAAUGAAAGUUGAAAAUAAAGAAUUAAGAAGUAGAGUUGAGCAACAAUUGAGAAAUGAAUUGAUGGUAAGAGGAGAUGAAGAAGUGUUGUUGAAGACAGCAGAGUUGGGAACAAGUACACUCUUGGUAAGAGAUUUGGAAGGAAAUCUGAAAGUGCCAUUCAAGUUCAAAGUGUCAAAUAAGCCAGUGCUGAGCUUCGAAAUGCUGACAAUCCUACCAGGAACUAAAUUCGACGUCUCAUUUGAGAAUAUCAUCAGCAAUGGAAACUUGAUAGUGAAGACAACAUGUACAAGUGGACAACACCAAGGAAGAGAUACAGGGAAGGAAAGAAAGAAUUCACUACAGUUUGAUAACCUUGGAACAUAUAAGCAUAAUGUGGAAGUAAUGUACGCAGAAAAUGAACUAACAAGACUGAAACACCAGAUGACAACGAAUGUUUCAAAGCCUACAAGGAUGGUCUUGAGUUUGUCAAGUUCAAGUGAGUCAGAGUCGAGUGGUUCUGAAGAAAAUAAGUCGGAAUACACAGUUGAUAGAAACUCGGUGCAUAACCUGAACGUGCUAGUGUUUGACGACAAAGAUAACUUGUUCACGCCACUGUACUUGAGCAACCCUAGCUUGAGAUUCCACUACAGGUUCACAAACACAUGUAAACUGCUAAAUGACCCAAUGAAUACCACACAAGUGGAAGAAGAAAGUAAUAGAAAUAAUCUACAGCUAUUAGUUACAGAAGAUUGUGAGUUGGAAGUGAUGCUAAAGUAUAAUAACUCAGUAGUGCAGUCUAAGAAAGUCGAAUUCAAAGUCAAACAAGUAGAAACACUAUUCGGAGACCAAGAUACAGAAGAAGUUGAAGAAUCUGAUUACAAAUGUGCAAGUGUGGAUAUGGAAGAAAGCCUAUGCUAUGGAGGAGUGUAUGAAAUAAGCAAAAGCUUCAGAAGUUACCCAGAAAAUAAGCUCAAACAUCUGGGAAAUAACCUCUACAAAGUCACAUCUGAAGGAAGCGUAAUGAUCACAACAGAAUCUAACGUGUAUAAUCUAAACCUACUAAGACCGACACACUUCUCACUAUCAACAGUUAAAACGAAAGAAACAUCAGAAAAUAGAAGAAAUAAUAAUGAAUUAGAACAAGAAAACAUGAAUAGUAAUGAUAGUAAUAUCAUGAAUAGUAACGAUAGUAAACUAAAGUUCAAAGUUAAUUUGUACGCGAAUAGAAGUAAAUUGAGAAUGCCAUUGAAUUCAAAGUUCACAGUCAGAUUCAAGGACCAAUCAGUGUUCACAUACAAACUGGAGAAACAGUUGUUGACACUAACACCAAAUAACCCGGGAGAAACCACAAUGGAAAUCCUAUUCAACACAGCAAGCGAAGAAACAACAAAUAGUAGACCUAAAGAAGGAAGGUUGAAUAGAAUAUACCACUUGAAGAACACAGUUACAGAUCGAACAAGUGAAGUAAGUGCAAUUCAAGGAGGAGAAGUGUACUUGGCAGGAAGAACAAUCAAUACAGUGGUAGCCAACAUAGACGUCAACACGCAUGAAUUCAGCAAACUACUAAAGAAUAAGUACACAAUAAAGACAUUCAAACCAACAUUCGGAACAGAAAGUGAAAUGACAUACAUUAACCUAACAGAAACAUUGAACAGUGAAGCCAAAGUUAAAAGUAAAUUGAGUAGUAAUAGAGGAACAUACAAAAUAUUCCUCAACAUGGUUACAGAUACACUAAAUAUGCUAUUCACAACAGCAAGAUUCGGAACAAGUAGUAGCAAAGAAAGUGUAAGACUGUUCAGUGUCAGCACACUCAGAGAUUCAUACCACUGUACAGGAUGCCAAUGUAGACUACAACUCAAAUAUAAAUUGGAAUCACCGAUAACAUUGAGUCAACUUCAUAGUGCUAAUACACUCUUGUAUGAGUACUAUACACGGCGAAGACGAGACGAGAAUAUGGAAGACCUAAUGAGGAUGUUCAGUAGUCCUUUAUACGGUAUAGACGACACUAUGUGGAACAAGGAAUUUGGAGCUGUUGGAGACUCAGCUCUUAAAUUAAAUUCACUUGGAAAACAAACAUUUAAAAAUUCAACCAAUGAUCAGUUUGUAAUCAGUACAGUUCCAUUCAACUCAGCAAAUUUCAAGUUCAAACAAGUUAAUGAUUCGACAAUUUUACUAUUACCAAAUUCCACCAAUCAUAAGGAAGAAGUUGUACUGGGAAACGCAAAAAACGUUGACUAUUACAACUAUGAACUUAAAUACAAGUUCACUAACCAAAUGCUGGACAAAUUAUUUUACCUAAAGCCAACAUACAAACCAUAUACUGAAAGUGAACAUAAUGAAUUGAGUGAUACCAGUUUAAUACACAGAUUGGGUUACACCAUGAUGUUAAUUAAUACGUAUAACAGAGAUUGGAGCAUUCUUAAGAAUUAUUUGAGGACUAUGUCCAAUGAUCUUUUGAAAGGAAAACAUAAACUAACCCUAACGAUAUUCAAUCCUGUUAACGAAACACAUAAAGAUAACGUAAAGUUGUUUGAACAAGAAUUGGAGGUACAUUUGCCAGAGAUAAUCUUGUUUGUCGACGGAAACGGUAAUAUAUUGAAUGAAAUCAACGAAAAUAACCUCAACAAUUUGGUUCAUGCAUAUCCACUCAACUCUUCCUAUAAACUCCACAUUACGAGUGAUCAGUUUUUGCUAAAGACCAUCGAAAAAUCUGGCCAACUCACAACAUUCAUCGUUUAUUGCAAUGCAUCACCUGAUAUGGUUCAAAGAUCCAAGCAAGAUUUAGAAAAUGAACAAGUCGGAGAUUACCUCAUGGUAUUGGACGCUAAUGACAACAUCGUGGCCAAAAUCAAGAUCAAUACUGACUUAUCUUCAAUUUCAACUGGCGGAUUGAAGUUAACUCAGCUAAACAUACUCAAUAGAGCGAAGUUUUCUGAUUUGUUGCACAUUUCUUUGGUUGUGGCCAUCGUCCUCUUCAUCUUAUUCGUCCACAACACCAUCAAAAACAGUCAGUUCCAUGAGCCAAUGGUACCCCUAAAGCUCGAUCGCACCUUACCAAAGUCUUUUCAGCACCUUUAUCAAACUAAUUACAAUUACAAAAGUUACCAAUAA